AUGUCUUACAAGCCUCUCAAGGUCAGCAUCGUCGCUACAAGAACAUCGACUAGCGUCCAGAAUAUUCCUCGUUCACUCGUCGCCAUCGAUUCUGCAUCCGUCUAUUCGCUUGGUGGCUCGAUGGCGGUGCCUGCGUUCCCAGCUUACAGAGUCUCCCACUCACCGAUAUUCAGCCUGGUGCAGUACAGCCAACCAUCGAUACGCUUCGUGCAGCAACCGAAGUCCGGAGUCGGGAGUCUUCCGUUUCUGACCGACCUCACCCAAAAAAAUAAUAAUCCUACGCGGCAAGCGUAUGUUCAUACCGAUUCAUCCACUGCUUGGCCAAAUGAUAUUUCCACUUAUAGCAUCAAUCCUGAAUCUGGAGACGUCGAUCCUUCGCAACGAGCGGAGUAUGAUAAAUCGCCGGCCCGCACGUCGCUCGGCCAAACAACAUCGGCAGACCAUAUUCCGGUCGCCCAUGGAAUCUCCGGGUCGCCAGAAGCUCAAGUGCUCGCAGAGACAGAGACUAAGUUUCGCUCCCCAGUCGGAGCCAGCCUUUCCGAGUCUGAACGCUGAACGGAAAUGCUCAAUCCCGAGUGGCUGCGGAAGAUCUGUAAUGACAUCAGCAAG